AUGACCCCUGAUGCUCUGGACAAACAGAUGACCCCUGACACUCUGGACAAACAGAUGGCCCCUGAUGCUCUGGACAAACAGAUGACCCCUGACACUCUGGACAAACAGAUGACCCCUGACGCUCUGGACAAACAGAUGGCCCAUGAUGCUCUGGACAAACAGAUGACCCCUGACACUCUGGACAAACAGAUGGCCCCUGAUGCUCUGGACAAACAGAUGGCCCCUGAUGCUCUGGACAAACAGAUGACCCCUGAUGCUCUGGACAAACAGAUGACCCCUGACACUCUGGACAAACAGAUGGCCCCUGAUGCUCUGGACAAACAGAUGACCCCUGACACUCUGGACAAACAGAUGGCCCCUGAUGCUCUGGACAAACAGAUGGACCCUGACACUCUGGACAAACAGAUGACCCCUGACGCUCUGGACAAACAGAUGGCCCAUGAUGCUCUGGACAAACAGAUGACCCCUGACACUCUGGACAAACAGAUGGCCCCUGAUGCUCUGGACAAACAGAUGGACCCUGACACUCUGGACAAACAGAUGACCCCUGACGCUCUGGACAAACAGAUGGCCCAUGAUGCUCUGGACAAACAGAUGACCCCUGACACUCUGGACAAACAGAUGGCCCCUGAUGCUCUGGACAAACAGAUGACCCCUGACGCUCUGGACAAACAGAUGGCCCAUGAUGCUCUGGACAAACAGAUGGACCCUGAUGCCCUGGACAAACAGAUGACCCCUGAUGCUCUGGACAAACAGAUGACCCCUGAUGCUCUGGACAAACAGAUGACCCCUGACACUCUGGACAAACAGAUGGCCCCUGAUGCUCUGGACAAACAGAUGACCCCUGAUGCUCUGGACAAACAGAUGGUCUCUGACGGUCUCGAUAAACAGAUGGUCCCUUACGCUCUGAAAAAAACAGGUUGUUCAAGACGCUCCGGACAACAGAUGGUCCCUAACGCCCUGGACAAACAGAUGGACCCUGACACUCUGGACAAACAGAUGGUCCUUGGCGAGAUUCAACAGGACCAUGACUCUGGACAGCCAGAUGGUCCAUGA